AUGUUCCUUAGACGUCCCACAACCCACGUUGCACGCUUUCUUUCCACGUCCAAUGCUCUUCUGGCGUCUUUUUUUGCACGCACAAGAGUCGCUCCCAAUCUAAAUACUACACUUUCGCCGCCCCAGUCGCUCAAAGCGAAAUCCCUCUUGAUUUUGGCCACCCCCACAAGUUUGCCUGUGGCGAUAGAAAACGCCAUCUCAUUGUACCAAAUAGCGAAAAUGCAGGUUGUUGUUGCUGGAGUCGACUCGGUGGUGCCCAAUGGCGUCCGCAACGGUCUUCUGGAGCUUUGGAUCGAUGAGUAUAUGGAAAUUUCGAAUUCUGUGCACUUGCUGCAGAAAGACCACAAGAGGGCCGCCAAGGGAGUUGCUAGAGAGAAUUGGAAGAGCAUAGAAGCAUCGUUGAAGAUGGAGGUGUCGCCUGGGAACCGAGUGGACUUGACCUUGGCCAACUCGGCGUUUGCUACCAAUACAUUGGCAACAUUAUUCUACUUCCAGCCUAAAGAGCUUCAAGAUGAAAUCAAGGAUCCCAAUAUGGGCGAAACGCUCUGUGAGCUCACAGUGAAACUUCCUGAACUACAGCCUGCUCUCAGUGCUCCACAAUCCAUAGACCGCUGGACACCGCUCAGCGAGGGAGACAACUUGAUCAUCACUGAGUGCACCGGUAACCUUGUCAAAAAAAUCAAUGCUGUCCCUGCAGCAAAGUUUCUAGAGAACAACGAAGACCUCAUGAGCAUCAAGAGCAAAGACACUAAAGUGUAUGUGAAAGUGCACCAGAAGGAUGGGGCGAAGAAGUACGAGGUGAUUGCGGGCGGAGGCGGCUGGGGCGUUAAGGCAGAUCUUUUGGCCAUUUCGCCCGAGGCCAAGUUGAAAAAAGGAGACAAGAUCGAAUUUUUCAUGGUGACACCGAACGACCGGUUCAAGGACUUUGGCGCUACCGUGGUGUCCAACCAGUUUCUCUUUGAGUGCACUCCAGAAUCCACUCAGUAUGCUGAAGCAGUCAAGCCUGAGCAAGCCGUCGAUAACUUAUUCGGCUGUGGAUGCGAGCAGGGCUUCUUACACAACGGUGUCAAUUGCAAGAGCCCUGGAGAAGCUCUUUCCUUCAAGUAUGGCCCAUGA